AUGUUGGAGGCCGGGGUUAGUUCUUUGCAGGGCGACAUGGGCCCCAGUGUGUCUCGAGCGAUAGAGGCGCGGGAUAACGUGCAGUUCGAGAAAUUGUCGUACUGUCUCAAGAGGACGGGCCAUGGGUUGACGCGCUGUGGUGGUGGUGGUAGGUCUCAGGAUACGCUCGUUGCGUAUAGGCAGGGCCCGCGCGGUGUGCGUGCGAGGCGAAGGUCCAGGAGGCGGCUCAGUUACGAUGAGUCCGCGGGCGGGUUGUUACCGGCUGAUUUGCUCGCGAUGAAGGAUGAUAACGAUCUUUCGAUAGUCGUGCCGGGGAAGUACGUCGAUUACCUUAACUAUAACUGGAGGGGAGACGUGCGAGAGUUGUGGAACUCCUGGAAGUUUCUGGCUAUGUGGAAACGGAUGGUCAGCGGGAAGUUUAGGGGCGAUAUACCGGACUUGGUGACCAUUGGCAGGCUUGAAAAUAUUAUAUGGCGCAUAUGGUUGUUACUAGUGCGCAGCAGACGCAGUGGCGGGAACGCAGGUGCCGCACGCAAACAUGAAGUGGUGCUCCCGGAGGGUGACGUGCCCUGGCUCUACGGACCUAUCGUGACAUCGGAUUACUCGAGCGUGGACGUGACGGCAAGGGAAACGACCGCAGAAAGUGCAACCGCCGCGCCAACAGCCACGGGCACAGACGAUACGCUCAAACCUAUACUCAAGAAGACGGCGCUCGGAGAACAGAUCGUCGAAAACUCGAUAUGGAAACUGAAACAGAUGCAUCAGUGGAAACAGGAGGUCAAAUCGAACGUGAUUGAUUCCGAAAAAUCUAUACUUCAAGAUGUGACAAGCACGGAUGGUGCGCCUUCCAGGCAUAUCACAUUCGACACUACAGUACACCAGUACAUUGCCCUCUCGAACUCCAUCUCACCUUUCCACUCCUCCAUCAGACUGCUGCCGGACACUCACUUGAACUACAGUUCCGAUGAGGACAGUGAUGGUAAUGGGGACGGCACAGAGAGCGGCGACGGUGCAGAGAAUGGCGACGGUACAGAACAACAUUGGCAGGGGGGUACAGCAGCGACGCGCAACGCCGUGUCGCAUAACACCUCGAGAAGCCACACCUACUUUUACGAUUACAACUCAGUGUACACGAACGACGUGUCCAGCCUCAUCCCCUGUACAGACCCGCACACAGACGUCCUGGAUGUCCCGGAAAACCUCAACCUCUUGGGACUAAGCGAGACUCUAGUACGUCCCCUGGAGGUCGAUGCCACGCCCCCCGUUGCGGCACCACUGUCGCCGCGCGUGGACGGGUCAGAACAACAACCACCGGCGUCCCCCCUACCGGUUACAAAGACACGGGAUUUCAUCACUGGAGAGUUUCUACAGGCAGCAGAGACCCCAGCAACGCCCGUCUUGCAUCCACAACCCGCGUUCAAGCACAGCGUCUCGAGUUCUACGUUCGUACUUACUUCGGACGACGAGGAAAACGCGCUGAUGGACGAACCUAUCCCGAGGGAGGACGACGACCUCGUAUACGCGCGGAUGCUGGGCCAGCGGUCCCUCUCCACGUCGAACUACACGACCACUUCAGUCGAAGAGAGCAACGGCAACCUGUCAGAGAUCGACUACGAGGAGGAACCAGGUUCGGAGUUCAGCACGAAAAUCGGACUCGCAAGACAGUGGGACCCAAGCACUCUAAACGGGUGA